CUUCCUGCCUCUAGACACCCACGCCAACUGCGGAAGAUCGAUCAGUAGCUACCCAAACCGAUUUCGAUUCUAGCCUCGCUUCAACGCGAACAUUUUUCUCAUUGAUAGGGAACAUCUGCCGAACCAGCAGCGCCCAAAAUGAAGCAAAAGAUUGUCAUCCAGUUGAGCUUGUCGUGCGACAAACGACGGUCCAAAGCACUGACAAUGGCCGCCAGAGCAGCCGGGGUGACGUCGAUGGAGAUUACCGGCGACGCCAGGGACCAGCUGGAGGUUGUCGGCGACGGCGUCGACCCGGUGUGCCUCGUCAGCUGCCUCCGCAAGAAGCUCGGCCACGCCCAAAUCAUCAAGGUGGAGGAAGUGAAGAAGCCGGAGGAGAAGAAGAAGGAUGAGCCGAAGCCAGAGCCCGUGCACCCGCCGCCCUACUUCUUCAACCCGCCCAGCUGCUCCUACUACCCCCACCAGUACCCGCUCUACUUCUGACCAUGUAACUGCCGGACCAUGCAUGUAGCUGCGAGAGAGCGAUUUUUACGUGCUUUAAUUUUGAUUUUUG